AUGACCAGCGCCUCUACUCGCCCGCCUACUCCGCGCACAGCCCCGCCUACAGCACCACCAGCACCACCAGCAACAGCAGCACAGGCAGCACGGGCGGCGCCUCUCCAGCCUACAGCUGCCCCGCCAGCCCCGGGUACCAGCGCCCGGCUCGCCGACUUCGGCUUCCAGUUCACGCCCGCGCCGCCCGGCUACGGCGACGUGGAGCAGUUCGGGUGCCAGGCCGAGUUCGUGCGGGCGGUGCUGGACGGCAACCCGCGGGAGCUGAAGCGCAUCCUGACGCGGUACUCGCAGCUGGUGCAGAUCAACGGCUUCACGGCGGACGGGCAGACGGCGCUCACGCAGUCGUGUAUGGACGGCAACCUGGAGGUGAUCAAGGUGCUGGUGGCGCACGGCGCGUCCCUGCACCUCACCAACCGCGACGGGUUCUCGCCCUCACCUGGGCGUGCUGCGUGGGCAAGCCUGACGUCAUGGAGUACCUCCUCCACUCCGCCUCCAGCAGACGGUAAUCCUUGUGAUAUCUACCUAGCUUAG